AUGGCUUAUUUAACUCAGCCAGACUAUGUUAAGUACAUAUGUUCCUGUGGACAACUCAAGCCUAUCACUAACUUGUACUUCUGUCGGCAUUGCUUAAAAAUACGUUGCGGUUUUUGCAUCUGCCAUGAAGUGGAUUCUCAUUAUUGUGCGAACUGCUUGGAGAACAUGCCAUCAUCAGAAGCAAGGUUGAAGAAGAAUCGCUGCAGUAGUUGCUUUGCAUGUCCGAGUUGUUUCCACACAUUAUCUACUCGAGCAACCUUGGCUAGGGACCCGGCCGGUGGCGAUGGCAAGCCUCCUAAGAAAAUGUACUAUUUAUCGUGUUUUAACUGUCGCUGGACCUCACGCGAUGUUGGAAUACCAGAUCAACCUGUUGCAUCUGGCGGAUGGCCGGAAAGAACGAAUCCGUUCACGACUCGGUUCAACCAACUCCUUGAUUACUAUAAAGCGAUCGCGCAGCAAGAGAAGCAGGAAAAGUUAGACAAGGAGAGGAAGAAGUUUGUCACCAGAGGGAAAUACAUCAAUCUCACGGAUAAAACUGGGUUAACAGGUGCCAUGGCUAGGAACAUAGCCGGUCUGCCUUCCAGCGAGAGUUCGUCAUCAGUCAUCAGUAACUUCGUGCCGAGCCAAGCGAGCCCCGACGUGGAGGAGCUGCCCGACGACUACCAUCUGAAGGAAAUAGACUUGAAGCAGAUAACUCGUAUAUCUCAGCGCACGUCGUGUCCCGAGCUGCAGCCGUCCCUAGCGUCCCGCCUGUCCCCGCGGCCCCGCGCCUUGUGUGUGAAGCGCAGCCAGCGAUGCCGCGCCUGUGACCACAACCUGACUAAACCCGAGUACAACCCUGGCUCCGUCAAGUUCAAGAUCGAACUGCUGGCUUACUACCACGUGCCGGAAGUGAAGAUAAUUUCCUACGAGACCAUCAAGCCGGGCGGAACAUCCGCCCUGCUUCUGAAAUUAUCCAACCCGACGGCUCACGAGAUGACAGUGAAGAUGCUGCAGCCCGAAGAUGUACCGGACCAAGAGGACGAACACAAGACUAUAGAGAAGACGCUCGAAAAGUCACUCAACUUGGAGAAGGAUAUAUCAUGGAACGCUAGUUUCCCCCGUCGACCUCCUCCGCCCAACGCCGGGUCCGUCAAUCUGCCGGCCGUCAGCCUCACGCUCGCACAGAGAGAUGACGCCGCGGAGUAUGACGACGAACCACCCGGGGAUAAUGAUGAUAUAAUUCUGUGGCGGAAAUCCAACAAGCUGGCUCUAAGGUUGAAGCUCACUACGGACGCUCAAGCAAAAGUCGGGUCGAACGCUUACUUCUCAUUCGCUUUACAAUACUCAUACAGGAACACGGUCCCGCCCUCCGCUACUGUAGUACAACACAGCGACCACACUCUAUACACAACACUCAUACUGGACUUGGGGAAAGUUUGUGAAUAA